AUGGACUGUACAACGUCUGCCUUGGUGUUGCAAACGAUUGCACUUCCAAAAUCCCAAUCCACAAUAAAAGAAGCAAGACCAGCAGCAAAAAUUCAGAUUCCACAAUCAAAAGCUCGGAAUGUUGAUUUUCAUUCUGCCCGUAGAAAAAAGAAGACCCAAUUCUACCAAAGCAUCAAAGUUGAAACAAAACCAGAACCAUGGAAAGUAGCAGAGAGUUGGAAGGGGAUGCAAGCAUUUCUUUCCUCGAAGGAAGCAAAGUUGGAAUCCCGUAAAAUUUCUAAUCCAUCUCCAGCAGAUCAUAAAGAACAGAUCUACCGGCCAACCAGAACAUACAAUUUUAUUCUCAAAAAUAUAGCCAAAGUCUGUGUUUCCGUAGAAAUAAAAUCCCCAAAUACACAACCUGGGCAAGGAAAAAAACAAUGA